AGGAACUCCUCUUCCAUUUCAGUUGUAGCAGAGAGAGAGAGGGAUACUCUUCCACUUCAGUUGCAGAGAGAGAGAGAGAGAGAGAGAGAGAGAGAGAGAGAGAGAGAAUGGCUUCUUUCAAUGCUGCGUCUGAGCUUUCCUUCCGACUCUCGUCUUCUUCAUCUCCAUUAACACGCUCUAGAUCGACUUCAUUUCAAUACGGGCAUUCUCCCAAAAACCUCGUCUCCUUUUCCUCUUCAAUUCGAGCUUCUCCCGCCAAUCUGGCUUGUAAGAGAGACGGGCGUUCUCCGUCGUUCGUGGCCUCUGCAGGUGUUCAGCAUUUGAUAGGAUCACUGACGAGAAAUGAAGGCCUCCGCUUCGCUGUGGUUGUAGCUCGUUUCAAUGAGGUUGUGACGAAGUUGCUGUUGGAGGGUGCUUUGGAUACUUUUAAGAGAUAUUCAGUCAGAGAAGAAGACAUUGACGUUGUGUGGGUUCCUGGUAGCUUUGAAAUUCCUGUUGUCGCAGCAAAGCUUGGGAAGUCAGGAAGCUAUCAUGCAGUUUUGUGUAUUGGAGCAGUGAUAAGAGGUGAUACUACCCACUAUGAUGCUGUUGCUAAUUCAGCUGCAUCUGGAGUACUUUCAGCAGGUCUAAACUCAGGAGUUCCAUGCAUUUUUGGUGUCCUGACCUGUGAUGAUAUGGAUCAGGCUUUAAAUCGAGCAGGGGGCAAAUCUGGAAAUAAAGGCGCUGAGGCUGCUCUGACAGCUAUUGAGAUGGCCUCGUUGUUUGAACACCAUCUGAAGCAAUAGUUCACAACUGAAGAGUAGAGUAUCAACGCCGCUUGGCUUUUCAUUCUCUCAAAUCUAUCUCACACCUUGCAAUUUAGUGUAUUCCGUUGGGAAAGACUCGCUGUAGAUUAGAGAAUAAUGCUUUGCCAGAUUUUUCAGGCUAUAUCCGAGACAUGACCCACCACCUCCUAAACUCCAGAGGGCAUUUUGUAAUUCGCCCGAACGUUUUCUUAGCUUAAGACAACAAACAGUAGGAGAACUGAUGCUUGCAGCAUUUUGUUGAUUGUUGUAAAACGGACAGUACUGCACACUCACAUUUCUAGCUAUUGCUUUGAAAAUUUAACAACAUGCUCUGAUGAUGGUUGUUUA